CAGCAUGGAUAUCGUUCUCAGGCUCCGGCAACGAGGGGCGCAGAAACAAACCCCUGCACGAUUACUCUGCAGACCAAAAGCAGCAUACCAAAGAUUACAGCAACCAAGAGGAGAUGCUUACUCUUCACACCGUUCGGACAUCCCUUCUUCCCUCGCCGCGAAGAUCCUCGCGGCACCGCCAACACGCGCUUCCAAGCAGGAGAAGAUCUUCCAUCUGUGCCUGCAGCUCUGAAGAUGCUGGAUCGGACACUCCCCUACCGCACGGGGGAGAUGGCCGUCAGCAGGAGGUGCUUGCCAAAAUCGCCAUGCUUCAGACGCAGAAGGUCCGGAUCACAAACUUCUUGGACGAGCGGUCAGCUUACUUGACCAAGUUCACUAAGGAUGCCGACAGCGAGUUCGAUAUGAUUGGACAGAACGCCAUGAAAGAGCUCGAUCAAAUUGGGGACCAGAUAAUGGAGAGGCUGGACAGCAAGAUGCAGGCCUACGAGGAGACAGCUGAAAUGGAAAGGCAGGAGAUAGAAAUGAACGAGAGGGUGUUGGAAGACUUUGAAGAUUGGAUCGAGGUGGAGAAAAACGAAGGAAUGUUCUUCAAAAGCCUUGGGAAGAAAAAGCCUAAGAACAAGGAGGAAAUCAAGGUGAAGGCCAAGAUCGAAGCGCAGAAGAUCAGAGAGAUUACAAAGGAGAGUGCAGGGUCGAAAGCUCGGAUGAAUAUUUACCUUGCGCUGAUGACGAUACUCGGUCUUACAAUUGCAAAUGCUGUAUUUGCAACACCUGAGGUGGAAUGGAGGAAGGUUGCUGCUCUGGGUUUAAUUUUCAUUGGCCUGGUUACUCAGGUCAUCUAUGAGCAGGAUAUGUCACCACCAGAAGCUGAGAAGAAAGAAAAAAGAGAUGAAUAAAGAUGCUGCACUCAGAUUAAAAAAAAAUCGUAGCAAUAGACCUGUAUCGGUAUUUUCACUAGCGAUGUAAACUGUAUAAAUCAGUAAUAUGAAAAGAUAUUGUGAUUUAAGGUGUA